AUGAUGGAACUAUAUAUUUCCUACAGGAAAACCAAAGUUCAAGAUAGUGAAAUUAAAUUUUCUGGUGCUUAUUAUAUACCAAAUGCAACUCCAAAUAAAUUAGUACUAGAACCACUAAAGCCAAUACCAUCACCACCACAACAUCCAUUCCAACAACUAAAACCACUACAGCCACAACAAUCACAACAAUCUCCAUUUCGUUUUGGUGAAACUACAUCAUCAAGAUACAUUUUUAAUAACGAUAUUAGGAAUCGUGAUUAUACAAUACCACUACCACCAUCGAAACAAUACCCAGUUCAAUCACCAAAGCCAUUACAACCACAGCAACCACAGCAAUCUCCAUUUCGUUUCGGUGAAGCUACACCAUCAAAAUACAUUUUUAAUAACGAUAUUAGGAAUCGUAAUAGUGCAGGUCCAUAUAGUGGUUCAAAUAUUGUUACAAAUAAUAAAUCUAAUAUUGUCAAUUCAAGUGAUAAACUUAUAGUGUUUUUAUUAACAGCACAAACACACCCGUCACAAUUUUUCUCUUUUCUGCCUUUCUUUUAA